AUGCGUUUCAGCACUCUUUCCCUCCUCGCCACUGUUGCAUCUGCUGCUUUCUCCUUCGCAGCACCCCUUACCCCUGCCUCGAAUGCAUUGGAGGCUCGAUGCUUGUGCCAGGACAUCCACAGUAUCAUUGUCGAUGUGACGACCACGAUCACCCCCAUUGUUGAGGAGCUUACGUACAUCACCAGCGAAAACUGCACAGUCGAGAUUUUGACUCCUAUCGUUGAGGAGCUCAAGGUUGUGAUUACCACUGCCAUCACUGAAGUCAAGGGUCUCACUGGGUUUACCUUGACCACUGUGUUGACUACCGUCGACGGUGUUGUUCUCACCAUCGCUGAAGUUGCCGAACUUCUGUGCGAACUGCUUACUUUGAUCUUUGGUGCUCUUGCUGCCAUUCUGAGGGUGGUGACUGUUUCGGAAGCUGUUGCCGUGAAAGCUUUACUCUGCGAAGUCGUCGAACUUGUUGCUACCUUGCUUCAGCUCAUUUGCAACCUUCUUGGUGGUAUUUUGGCCAUCCUUCUCACCCUUGUGGGCGACAUUGUUUUCAGUGUCAUCGUAUCCCUUGGACUUUCUGCCAAGUUCUCGUUCUUCAACAUUUCUUGGGCAACCGUCUCAUCCACCCUUAUUGCUUCGACUUCCACGUUUGCGACUACCGUCUACUCGACCUCUGUCGCAACAAUCACUGCUGCUUAA